AUGACGACCAACCAACGACGUGAAACCUCUUCAUGGUCCUCUAUCAAGCCUUCUCACUCUUCCAUGCGUACCGUGAAUCCCAUCCGACAAAUUGUCGACAAGCUUCGCGAUGAGGACUUGAAUCCCCAAAAGAAAAAACUCUCGCUCUCUAUUGGAGACCCAACGGUUUUUGGAAAUUUACGGACGGAUAAGGUUGUGGAAGAGGCUGUGAUUAGAGCUGUUCAGAGUGGAGCUUGUAAUGGCUAUGCUCCAUCCAUGGGACGGGAUGAUGCCCGUAAAGCUGUUGCCAAGAGAUGUUCAACCAAGAAUCAUGUUUUAAAGCCUUCGGAUGUUGUUAUUUGCAGUGGUGCCAGUGGAGCUUUGGACAUUUGUGUUCAGGCCUUGUGUAACGAAGGAGAUGAAUUAUUGAUACCACAACCUGGAUUUUCUCUGUAUACCACAUUGGCCGGAAGCAAGGGCAUUGAAGCUCGGUAUUACAAUUUAAAGCCAAACGAUGACUGGAAAGUAGAUUUGGACCAUGUCAAAUCGCUCAUUACAGACAAAACAAGAGCCAUCAUUGUGAAUAAUCCUUCCAAUCCAUGUGGUUCUGUAUAUUCGGCAGAACAUAUUUCCGAAAUUAUUCAAUUGGCUGAAGAAUAUAAACUUCCAAUUGUCGCAGACGAAAUUUAUGCGGACAUGAUUUUUGAUGAGUCAAACAAAUUUGUUAGAAUGGCAGAGUUAACUGAGACAGUUCCAAUUUUGAGCGUAGGUGGAAUUGCAAAACAAUACCUUGUGCCUGGAUGGAGAAUUGGUUGGAUUUGCAUUUACGAUAAGCAAGGUUAUUUGAACCUUGUUAGAGAUGGUAUUCAACGAUUAACGACAUUGAUUUUGGGUGCCAACACACUCAUUCAAGGUGCCUUGCCAGAUAUUUUGGAAAAGGUCGAUGAAUCAUUUUACCAGAAUGUCAAUCGGUCACUCAAGGAGAGUUCUGAUUAUACCAUUGAAAGAGUUUCUCAAAUUAAGGGACUUUCUGCUAUUCGACCACAAGGAGCCAUGUAUUGCAUGAUUGGCAUUGAUUUGAACAUGUUUGAUGACUCUAUUCGAGAUGAUGUAGAAUUUUCUUCACUUCUUCUCAAAGAAGAGAGUCUCGUGGUUUUACCUGGUCAAUGUUUCAGAAUGAAAAAUUAUUUCCGUGUAGUGACAUGUCCAUCGAAGGCAGACCUUGUGGAAGCUUAUGACCGAUUGGAAGCAUUUUGUCAAAGACACUUGCGAAAGCAAUAA